GGACGCAAGAAGAAAAACAUCAAAUGUCAAUAUCCAUGAAUUACCUUACCAAGUUAAUAUGAUGUCAUCGACUUCAGCUGAUGAGGCAGAUUUUGCUUGUGAACCAGAUCCUAAUGUCAUAGCCUCAGCAAAAUUCCAACAACUAAGGCUUGAAUUCCUUGUGGCGGUAGAAAAAAUCAGAAGGGAAACAGAGGCUGCAAAGGUCAGAAACAAGCAAUUAAAUCAGCAGUCUCGAGUACAUAUAGGAGGACAACAGAGUUGUUCUCAACCUCCAUACACAGGAGAGCUACAAAGCUGUCAUCAGACUCCACACACAGAAGAACAACGAAGUAGUCAAAAAGCUGCCACAAUAUGCUCUGGAACCUCUGGACCAGAACAGAUUACACAAAACUGUGUUAUCCCUGAAUUAGAUUCUUACACUGAAAACUUGCUAACUGUGCCUACAAAUUUAACAGAAAUUCAAAAUAAAACAGACGGAACUUGUGCAUCACAGAGUACAGUAGGUCCAGAUCAUUUCCAAAAAGCACAUGAAACAGAAAAUGCAGGAACAGCACCAACCUCAAUGGUUGGCCCCAGGGUAGAAAAUCCUGUCUUGCCAUUGAACUGGAGGACUGGUGGAUCAAAUUUUGGUGGACAACUUCCAGCAAUGGAAAAUCAGGGGAUCCCUCUUUCACUGGAUUCUAAGUACAGUUUUGGUGUUUCCGAUGAUGUUUUCAGCACAAUUAGUGACUUGGAAAGUAGACCAAAUUUAACAUUCAGUAGAAAAGGGCGAGGAAGUAGGACCGACUCUAACAGCACUCUAUGUAAAGUCGCCAAACUGUCUUCUACUGCUUCUGUGCACUCUGACUUGGGCGAGUUUUCAGGUCAGAGUUUGACUCCCCCCACUGGGGAGGGAACAAGUGCUAGUGAAUCUGAUGAUACAACUCUGUCCACCACCACAAACCGCUCCCAGGGGGGAAAAUGUAAACGGUACAAGCGGACUCAAGAAGCUUUACAAAGCUCGGGACUUCUGGAUGUGACAAUGAAGACCGCUGAGCUAAUUAAAAGAAAUAGGCAGCUACAAAAAGACAUUCGGGAUUUCAAACAAGAAACUGUGGAGUUUCUCAAGACUGUUUUACAGAAUCCUGAAAAUAGUGAAUAUGCUAAAGUUAUCCAUGGAAAAAAAAACUGUACAUUAGAUAUAUAAACUGGUAUUUGGGUAUAUAAGAAAGAUAAAACACUUAAAGAAAAUUAGAAGAUAAAUUUAAUAAUAAUUGUAUUUAAGGCCAAAAAGAAUUAAUCAAUAGUUUCUCAGGCACCGCCGCAUCAGGUCAAAAAACUGCCGCAUUGAUCUAUUUUAUUGACGUAAAAAGGGAAAUAACUCAAUUUUUUCAAGUUGAAAAAGAAAAUCGAGUCACUUCCUUUUUCAUAAAUGCUAAACAAGAUUCAUAAAAGGAAUUUGUCCACCAUAUUAGAUUAUUCGCUCACUAUAUUUGAGGGUCCCUAUAUAAGCCACUCACUUAGUCACUGUUCAGUGUAAUCAGUUGUCACUAGUGUAGAUGGACGCAUGCCACACAGUACUCGGUAUCAAAAAAAAAUAAAAAAUAAAUGUGUACUUUUACUACGACAGGAGAGAAGGAUACCCAAAAAAUCUCACAACAGUUGCACAGUAUAUAAACAAACACAAAUACAUGUAACUGCAAUAAAAUAAAUAAGCAAAGGCAAUGCAAGAUAACCAGCACGAACUUGUGAUGCCAUUCCACACCGAUACUCAUGACAAUAAAGCAGUCAGUUGUAAGGAAUGUGAAGGGUAUAUCCAGGUGCUGAUAUCGUAGAUAGUAUAAUGGAAUAUGGCUUAUGCCUAUUUAUGAAUUGUGUUCAGCUUUAAUAUGUAUUUUAUGAAUUGGCUUUUAAACAAAUGUUUGGAAUUACAUUAUUUGAAGUUAAAUACAUAUUGUAAUUAAUGUAAGAGAACAAAAAAAGUAAGAAUAAGUUGAUACUAUCAUUUUGUUGAAUGACUGAACCUGCUCCCCCCCCCCCCCCCCCCCCAAAAAAAAAAAAAAAACCCUGCCUGCUGCAUUGGAUUUUGAAAAUUUUUGCCUGAGAAACUAUAAAUUUUUUUUGGCCUUAUAUAUUCAAAAUAUAUGUAUAUGGCUAUUUAGUGAUAUAUUUUAGACUUAGUGUGUAAUCAGUAUACAUCAAUACAAAAACUUAAAAAUUUAGUGAGAAUUAAGCUAUAAAUCUGUAGAUUUGAAACUUUGCUCACAAACUGCUGAACUUGAUGCUACAAACAGUAGAUUGUGAAAGCAAUAAAUUAGCUCAUAUUAAAAUCUUUUAAUGCCAAA